UUCUCAUCCCCGUCACCUUCCUUAUCACCCGCCUGUCCUGCAUAGCUCGAUAAGGUGAAGCCCUUCAUAUCUUGAAUCCACUUGGCCGUCCCUCUAUCCAAUCUAUAAUUACUCCACGCCGACACCAUGACCGGCUUUGACUUCUCCAACUACAACCGCAACGCGGCUCUCCACGCCAAGGGAGUGCCUCUACCUAAGGCUACAAGCACAGGUACCACUAUUGUGGGCUGUAUCUUUGACAAUGGUGUUGUGAUUGCGGCAGAUACCAGAGCUACUAGCGGACCCAUCGUAGCGGACAAGAACUGCGAGAAGUUACAUUAUAUUUCGCCCAAGAUCUGGUGUGCUGGUGCUGGUACAGCUGCAGACACGGAGUUCACCACCGCCCUGAUUAGUUCAAACAUCGAACUGCACUCCCUCUCAACGGGCCGGGACCCUCGAGUAAUCACUUGCAUGACCAUGUUGAAGCAGCACCUCUUCCGCUACCAGGGACACAUUGGUGCAUAUCUGGUAGUAGCUGGUGUUGACCCGACUGGCACCGGUUUGUACACAGUCCACGCCCACGGUUCGACAGAUAAACUUCCGUAUGUGACUAUGGGUUCUGGAUCGUUGGCGGCCAUGUCCGUUUUUGAGUCGACGUGGAAGGCAAACCUGAACCGCGAGGAAGCGGUCGAGCUCUGUGCUGAGGCGAUCAAGGCUGGUAUUUUCAACGAUUUGGGAUCGGGUAGCAAUGUCGACGUUUGUGUCAUUGAGAAGGACAAGCCCACGCAACUCCUGCGGAACUAUAUCAAGCCCAACGAGCGUGGUGAAAAGGAACGCAAUUACCGCUUCCCCAGAGGCACGACGGCCUAUUUGAACCAGAAGAUUAUUAGCAAGGAGGAUAUGAGGAAAUAUGUCACUGUGGAAGAGGCUUCCGGGGACCCUAAUCUGAUGGAGGUGGACUCGUGAGGUAGGAAGUAAACCGAUAUUUAUCAGAGCCUUAUUAUUUAUUACACUGAAUCACGCACGAAGGAAUUACAUGAUGAGUAUUUCGCGAUAGUUUUGGUUUCUAUUAUUAUUCAGUAUAGAGCC